AAGGACGCUUUCGCGUUUUGUUUAUUCCAGAAGCGGAAUGAACCGUACGAAAAAGUGCUGCGUAUAUCAUGAUUGUAAUACCAAUAGCCUGAGCAACCCGGAUCUUACGUUAUUUCAGUUCCCAAAAAACGAAGAACGUAUUGCCAAGUGGUGCGAGCUUGGGGCCGUCGAUCCGUUUGACACCCGGCCUCGGUUUAUGUGCGAAUUGCACUUUCCACGGAUCUACAUGUGCUUCAGUGCUCGUCGGAAGAUGCUACUGAACACGGCUAUACCACGCGCCUUCGGAACCAACGAGGAGGACGAACAGGAUCAAGAGCUGGUGCAAAGCUCAUCAUACGAAGCGGAGGACGUCUCAAUAGAAGAGCACUUGGAUGAAAACAUGAUGGAUGAGAGCGACGAACUGGCGGCGGAAAUAAUCUACGUGAACCGCCCACAGUCUCUUGAGCACGACCAAGAUGAACCUACAACUUCUCGAAAACGUUCUCGUCCAAUCGAAACUACCCCAUCUACAAAAAUUAUCAAAUUAGAAAAACUAGCCUCCACUUCGCGCUCCAUGGUGGUUUCUUCGUCUUCGACUAAAUCCGUGGACGCCUCAAGGAAUCCCAUUGCCCUUACUCCGCCGCAUGGUACGAUUUUGCGUAGGGUCAAGCUAAAGAAGCGUCCUAGCGCAACCAAAACAAUAGUCGUCAAAACGAUCGAGCCAAAUGCGAUCGAGCAAGAAGUUGCUGUAGCUGCUAAGGUAGCCGUCAGUUCUUCACCGGAGAAGAAGGCUUCCCCGUCCGACUCAGAUGCGAAAGAGGAGGAUGAAUGGGCAUAUCCGGUGAAAACUACGUCCGCUGUGGCUAGUAGCAGCAACAGCACUGCCGUUGAAGCAGUCAACACUACUGAGACAGAGAAGGAAGAGAAGAAACCCCAGGUGGACAAAAGUCCCCCAAAGAAAGAAGAAUCCAUCUACGAGUUUAUCUUCAAAGGCGAAGAGUAUGUGCAAAUGCCGAAGGCUAAGUAUUAUGGUGAACGGGAAAAGCUGGAGAAGCAGGUGGAACAAUCCGCGAAGGCGCAGGAGCAGUUGGAGAAGAAAAUCGAAUACUACCGACGAUCGUUGAAGGACUUGAAAGAAUUUCUACACAACGUCUGUGAAGAAAACGAUUAUGAUGUUGAUUGAGUAAUAAUA